UCCUCCCUUCCUCCAUAUCUAACUCCCCCCUUUCCUUAAUGUUGUCGUCGUCAUCCACCGGCGGCGAAGACUCCAGUCACCACGGGGCCGGCGGCGGCAACACGACUUCCUCUUCCGAUCAGUACCCUGACCCCGCUUACCCCACAACAUUCCCAAACCCCAGAACCAUGGAAGAAGUGUGGAAAGACAUCAACUUGUCCUCCCUCCACGACCAAUGCCCCACUCCCGGCGGCGACCAUCAGCACCACCACCACAACCAUAACCGCAACCACCACCACCGCCGCCAUCAAAAUCAAAACUUUAUCUUCCAGGACUUCUUCUCUCGCCCUUUCGACCAAGACCCACUUCCCUCUCGAUUCCCUCCCUCCUCCCCUGCCUCCGCCGCCGCCCCUCCGCCAUCCAGAGAUUCUCCCCUGCCCACACACGCCACCGUGCUGAGCCUGCACUCCGGCUCCGCCGGAUUACCGCCGGCCUCAACCCAUUUGCAGCCACACCAGAUGGUUUCCACUGAAUACCCUAUUCCCUUCAACAACACCCAAUUCGACGAUGGGCUGGACUGCUCUGCCUCGCUGCUGAACCCUUUUCAGAGGAAAAGGGUUCAGGAUUCCGAUGACGGCGGCGGCGGUGGAGGGGAUCGCCGGCAUAAGCGUAUGAUCAAGAACCGCGAGUCCGCCGCCAGAUCCAGAGCUAGAAAACAGGAAACUUUACCGUUCCCCUUUCCCCUCUCAAUUCCUUUUCCCCCCGUAGUUUCCCCCCAAUUUUGAAGUCUCGGGAUUUUCCCCCUCUGUUUUCCUCCUCUUGCAGGCUUAUACCAACGAAUUGGAGCUUGAAGUGCAGCAUCUGCUUGCCGAAAAUGCCAAGCUAAAGAAGCAGCAAGAAGAGCUGCGGGUGGCGGCAGCGUCGUCUCAAGUUGCCAAAAGGAGCACCCUCUUUCGGACGUCAACAGCACCAUUUUGAGCACAAGGGGAAUGGAUAUUUAGCUGCCCUGGCUGCGCGCUUUUGCAUUAAAAUAAGGCCAGAUCGAUCUUUUGACCUUAUUAGCCCAAAAAAACAAAA